AUGCCUCCAAAUGAAGCUGGACGUAGGAGAGCGUUGUGGAAAUUUCAAAUACUCAACACAUCAAAUGAUGUUAAUUUUACCCGUAUCGUUGCAUUAGCAAAAGAACAUUUUAAAGUAUCAAUAUCGCUAAUCUCACUUGUAAACACCACUCAUCAAUGGUUUAAAGCAGAGGAUGGAUUAGGAUGUAAUGGAACGACCAGAGAAAUAAGUUUUUGUGGACAUGCUAUAUUACAAGAGAAUGGGGAACCAUUCGUUGUACCUGAUACUAAAUUAGAUUGGAGAUUUCACAAAAACCCUUUGGUCACAGGUUCUCCGUUCAUAAGAUUUUAUGCUGGUGCUCCAUUACAAACUGAAGAUGGUCAUAAUAUCGGUACGAUAUGUUUAAUCGAUGAUAAACCAAGGCAUGAUUUCACUAAUAAGGAUUGUGAAAUCUUGAAAGACUUUGCAAAAGUUGUCAUGAGGGAGUUAGAAUUAUGGGUUGAUACUUUACGUUUACGUGUAAGGAAUGAAAUGCAACAAAGUAUUGCCGAUUUCAGUAAAUUUUGCUUGGAAACUCAAUUAUCCAAUAAUGAAGAAAAUAAAUUAAGUUCCAACACCAAUAUUGUCGGUGACCCUAUCAUGAAGCGAUGUUUUAGCAUGGCUGUUAAAUUAAUGAGGGAUACUUUAAAUAUAGAUUUCGUUUGUUUAUUAGAGAUGCCUUCUAGUCCAAUAAUAUCAACUGCUUGUUCAUCAAAUGGAUUCUUUUUAAAUGGUCCUCCUCCUGAUAUGCCAACAAGAUAUUUAAAGUUCCUUGCUUCCGCUGGUCCAAUCGAAUUGUCUUCUGAGGCGUUGACAGCGUCGGUGAAUACUUCUUUCCUUUCUUACAUGAUGCAAAAUUAUUCGCAAGGUUAUAUUUAUCAAAACGCCUUACCUCCUUUACCGACCUUAUUUCCGGAUGAUGUUCAUUCUGGUAUUGUGGUACCUAUUUAUGAUGAUUCACAAAAUGCUUUUGGUUUCUUAAUUGCAAUGACAAAAGAUCCUCUGAGACAAUUUGAAGAUGAAGAACGAGUUUAUUUAAGUAAUUUUGGUGUGAACGUCGUUAGUGAAGUGUUAAAGAGAAGGGUGAUCGUCGCCGAUCGAGCAAAAGGUACAUUCAUCUCUUCUAUUUCUCAUGAAUUAAGAACCCCUCUUCAUGGUAUUCUAGCAAGUUGUGAGUUAUUGGAAGAAAGUAAAUUAAAUUAUGCCCAAUCGGAAUUGAUUAAAACCAUACACGGUUGUGGGACUUCUUUAAUUAGUAUUAUUAAUAGCGUAUUGGACUUUGCUAAAUUAGAGAGUGAAAAACAAGACUUCGCUGAUGACGAUCCUUUACAAGAAAAAGUUUCUGAAGAAGGGAGUGAAAUAUUGGGUGAGGACGAAAGUCAACGUGAUAUUAAUAUCAUUGAUCGUAAUAUUAAUAACAAAAGGAAGAAGGACCGCGUUAAUUUAGUCAAGUUGUUGGAAGAAGUUGCUGAAGCUUGCGUAGUAGGCCAACAAAUGGUUGCUGCCGUUUACAGUAGUAAUAAUUAUUCCCUUAAUAAGGGUGAUAACGAUGAAUUAUUUCGUACAGAGAAGGAGGAGAAACAUAAUACCGCUGCUAUAACACAGGCAAGAAGGAAACAUGUUUCUAGAUUACUACACCCUCAUCAAUUUCAGCAUCAAAAUAAAAGUGAUUCCUUGGAACAAAUUGAAGACGUCAUGGUUUUGCUUGAGAUUGAGCCUAGGGAUGUUGGUUGGUACGUUAGUGCUGAUGAUGGAGCCAUAAAACAAAUGUUAAUGAAUAUUGUUGGAAAUUCACUGAAAUUUACGCAACAGGGUUAUGUGCUAAUAUCAUUAGCCACAGUACCAUGUUCAUCAUUAUGUGAACAAUAUAAGAAUCAUAAAAGGGAUUUCCAAUCAAAAUUUCAUGCAUUAUUAACGAUCACGGAUACGGGACGUGGUAUUUCUCCAUCAUUUUUAACGACAAAUAUAUUUCAACCAUUUUCUCAGGAAAAUUCACUACAAGUAGGAACCGGAUUAGGACUAUCUAUUGUUAAAUUAUUAGUAGAGAAGAUGGGUGGUAGAUUAGAUAUCGAGAGCGAAGUAGGAGUUGGUACAAGGGUUAGGAUUUGGGAUGAAGAAGAGCAGCGACGAACUAUUCUUGAGGCAAUAAAGGAAAAAACAAUCGUAAUUAAAUGCGCCAAGGGUAAACUUAAAGAAGUGGUAGAAAAAUAUUUUACUGAUUGGUUUCAAGUGAAAAAUGUUAUUGUUGAAGAAAAUGUUGGUCCCAAAUUAUCUCCUGUGGUGUUUGUCACUUCCUUGGCUAAGCACGGUAAAGUUGCUGAUUUUGUUGAGAAAUUACAGGAUGAAGAAGGAGGAAAUAUAAUAAAUCUUAAAGGCGGAAGGAGGAAACGAAAGGUUGUGAUACUUUCACGACCUUGUGGUCCUCAUAAAAUAGAAAACACCAUGGUUUCUAUUUUCUCAAAUUUACAACGUGAUGAUAACGGUGCCGAAGAAUUGAGUUCAGUACAACAUUUGGAUGAUGAUUCACAGCGACAGGUCAUGAAAACAGCUUCAAAUAAUAAUAAUUUAAAAUAUCAUACUAAUUAUUCUUCUUCGGAAGAAACAUUAAUUUCGAGACAACGAUCUCCCUCGAUUACUCCUCCCACAACUCCAAAAGUUAUCAUCAAAUUUGAUGAUCAUUCAACUGAGCUGACAUCACAGCUUUCAAAUGUACUACCUUCACGACCUUCUUUCAAUCGCUCUAAUACAUUACCAAACAUUCACUUACAAUCACCUUCAAAUUGUGAGCCCAAAUUCUUAACAAUUCCCAAAUCGACUACAUCACCACCUAUUUCUUUUUCAAAUGAAGACACGACUUUAAUAUCAUCCUCAUUACCAAGCACAUUUUCUAGUGAGAAAGAUACUACUUUAGAUCAAUUGAAAAAAUCUCGGUCCAAUAAUUCCCUCAACACGUCAUUUUUAUCUAAGCUAUCUAUUUCCGGACCAAGAGUUUUGGUGGUCGAGGAUAAUGCUGUUAAUAGAAUGAUUUUAGCUACGUUUUUGAACAAACGCGAUAUUAAAUUUGAAGAGGCUGAAAACGGUGCGAUUGGUGUUGAAAAAUUCAGAAGAGCGUUGGAUGAAGAUAAUUCUAAACAAAAAGGAUUUGACAUUGUUCUUAUGGAUAUACAAAUGCCCGUCAUGAAUGGUAACGUAGCAACAGCCGAAAUACGUAAAAUUGAAUAUGAAAUUAGUCAAAAACAACUUCCAAAAUUAUCACCUUUGUCAGAACAUCCCAAGACACCAUUGCCAGAACAAGAAGAUUACUUUUCAACCCCUUCGAUGACUCCCCCUCUUUUCUCUCAAUUUCCUGCUACCAACGAUUCUACUAUUUCAGGUUUUUCUUCAUUCAUUAACAAUAAUAGAUACCCUUCAAAACCAUUUCAAAGCACAGACAAUAAUUUAAGUGCAAACGCACAAAAACAAAAGAAUAAAUAUAGAAGAAUUUCACAUCCCGAUCGACUAUCUCAUCAUUAUAAUUAUAAUUCAUUUAAUGAAAAAUCUAAUCCUUCUAAAUUAUCACCGCCAUUAUUAGAAUCUAAAAUGACUGAAGCAGAGUUAUCUCCAUUACCUUCCCCCUUACAACGCUCAACAUUUCAUUCUUCUCGUUCUUUAAUAUUUGCUUUAACCGGUUUAGCUAGUGAAGAAGAUAAAAACAUUGCUUUUGAGAGCGGUGUCGAUGGCUUCUUGACUAAACCAGUUAGUUUAAAAAUGUUGGAAAAAAUAUUUAAAAAAUGGUCUGAAAGAAAAGAUCAAAGUAAUACAGGAAGAGGUGUGCUUUAG